AUGGCGAAUGCUUUCUUCAAGAAUCGCAGGGUUUACCUGUUGACCCUAGUGGCCUAUAUGGGCUCCUUCCUCUUCGGCUACGACACUGGUGUCAUGGGGUCUGUUCUGGAACUGGAAAGCUUCAAGCACGACUUUGGCAUGGCCGCUUCGUCAACAGGUUUCAAGAACGGCAGGAACGCUGAGAUCUCGUCGAAUGUCGUGUCGCUACUGACCGCUGGAUGUUUCUUUGGCGCUCUGGCUGCACCCUGGCUGAAUGAACGUCUUGGUCGUCGAUACUCUCUCAUGAUCUUUAGUCUCAUCUUCAUGGUUGGCGCUGCUGUUCAGACUGGAGCUUCACAUGCCAUCGGUACCAUCUACGGUGGUCGUGUCAUCGCUGGUCUAGGUAUCGGCGGUAUGAGCGCCAUCACACCUGUCUUUGUCUCCGAGAACUGUCCUCCUGAUGUUCGUGGUAGGAUCUCUGGUCUCUUCCAAGAGUUUCUGGUCUUGGGUGUCAUGUUCAGCUACUGGCUAUGCUACGGUGUCAAGAAAAACAUGGCUCCCACAACAAUGCAAUGGCGCGUUCCUGUUGGCCUUCAACUCGUACCUUCUGGAAUCAUGUUCUGCGGUCUUUGGUUCUUGAAAGAGUCCCCUCGGUGGUUGGCGAAGAAUGAUCGUCAUGAUGAGGCUUUGGCAUCUCUCGCAUAUAUUCGAUGUGUGCCUACCGAUGACCCUGAGGUACUUCAGGAGCUUGCUGAGAUUCGUGCGUCUGUAGAGGAAGAGUUCUUGGCUACUGAAGGUCUUAGCUGGAAGGAAUGUCUCAAGCCUGGAUAUCGGGAACGCUUCGGCCUUGCGUUCUGCAUCAUGUUCUGGCAGCAAUGGAGCGGCACAAAUUCGAUUGGAUACUACGCACCACAAGUUUUCGCAUCUGUUGGUCUCACUGGCUCCAGCACCUCACUCUUCGCAACCGGCAUCUACGGUACGGUCAAAGUCAUUGCCACAGGCAUAUUCCUCAUCAUCGGCAUUGAACGAUUUGGUCGUAAAUGGCCACUGGUUACUGGAGCCUGGUGGAUGGCUAGCUGCAUGUUCAUCAUUGGCGCACUUCUUGUCUCGUACCCACCAGACCCGGAUGCUAGCUCUGUGAGCUCACCUUCUAUUGCCAUGGUGGUAAUGAUCUAUCUGUAUGUUAUCGGCUACAGCGCCAGUUGGGGUCCUGUACCGUGGGUGUACGUUGCAGAGAUCUUUCCUACGAGACUGCGAGCGUAUGGUGUUGGUUUGGCUUCUGCUACUCAGUGGUUGUUCAAUUUUGUCGUCACAAAAGUCACACCUGCAGCCAUUAACAGCAUUGGCUGGCGUACAUUCAUCAUGUUUGGCUGUUUCUGCACAGCUAUGGGAGCAUUUGUUCUGAUGUUCCUCAAAGAGACCACAGGUCGCAGCUUGGAAGAGAUGGAUAUUUUGUUUGGAGCCGUCACGCCCGAACAGAGAAAGAAGGAUGUUGAGUUGGCUGUGGCUGAGGAAUAUAAGGCUGAUCCUCAUGCCGAGCACGUUGAUCGUGUUGAGGAGCAGCAGGUGUUCAAGGACAGAGACGUCGAGUAG